CUGCACUCGAAAUGGAAUCAGUCUCCGAUAUGUUGCGUCCAUUGCAUUUCGUGCUCCUCUUCGCGGCGUUCGCCGUCGUCGCGUUCGCCGCCGCUGCGGAAAAUGAAGCUCCAGCAAAUGUCCAGAGUGAAGUCGAACCGCAACCAGAAACGAACGAUUUAGAAGCAGACGCUUCAUACUGGGGAUACGGAAGACCAUACAGAUACGGUGGCUGGGGAGGUGGAUAUGGCAGAGGUUGGGGAGGAUACGGAGGAUGGGGCGGCUGGAGAGGAGGAUGGGGCGGCUGGGGUGGACGAGGCUGGGGUGGACGAGGAUAUGGUGGUUGGGGUGGCUGGGGAUACUGGGGUUGAGACAUGAACUCCACAUUCCAUCCGCGUGAUACUUAAUCGCUAUCAAUACAGCUUUUGGCUCUAUGAAUUUUCACUAAGAUACGCGAAGCUCUUGGACAGCUUCAUUAACUUUGUAAGUUUUUAUUGAAACCUUCAUUGUAUAAGAAUAAAAGUAUGUUAAAAAAAA